CGGCGGGGUUUUCUUCCCCCUCACCCGCAAACGUUGCUGCCAUGAGGACCGUGCGCGAAUGAAUGGGUCGUUCUGGAUUGAAAGAGGGCUGUAUUAGCCUCUAGCCAGCCCCGCUUCUGGAAUAAUUUACCUCUUUGGCCAGUUCAGAGUUAGAACGGCUUUAACCAAUAGUUGCCCAGAAGGGAAGAUUCAAUCAAUUGCCCUAAAUAGGAAAAUGGCCUUGAGGAAAACCCUCAUUUCUGCAUCACUAUCAGAGAGACGAUGGUCCAAGGGAGACGAAUGGGACUGUAAAUUGCCACCUAUCUGUUUGUUUGCUAGAAGGGAUGGGGGUCAAAGAUGCUGUAGAAGAGCGGAUGGACUGACUUGUUGGAUUUCUUUCUUUCCGUAAAGGGGAGAUAUUCUGCCUCAGAUGAGGAAGCAACUGCUAUUUUUGUGUGUUUGAAAAAUACGCUAUCCAUUGUUUUGCCAAUCCAGGAGGAUGUUCUGUGAAAUCCUAGGAAAUGGAUCUAGUCUGUUUGAAAUGUUUGCUUCGACAGCUUAAUGGAAGAGUCUUCCUGAAGAUUGUGGCAGCAGUUUUUUUAAAAUUUUGAACUUCUACCUGCUAUGGAACAAAGUGAGAAUCAACAAGGAUCCUCAUCAGAGAUUCAAGAUGACAGCAAAAGCAACACAAGACUUUUGCCUAGCCUGGCUGCUGCUGUCAAAGGGGAAAUAAAGAAAUAUGCAGUUACAGAUGACUAUAAAAUCUCUAAACGGGUUUUGGGCCUUGGUAUUAAUGGAAAAGUAUUGGAAUGUUUUCACAAAGUGACAGGACGGAAAUGUGCUUUAAAGCUCUUGUAUGACAGUCCAAAAGCACGACAGGAAGUGGAUCAUCACUGGCGAGCUUCAGGCUGUCCCCACAUUGUCCAUAUCUUGGAAGUUUAUGAGAAUAUACACCAUGGGAAGAGAUGCCUUUUAAUCAUCAUGGAGUGCAUGGAGGGAGGGGAACUCUUCACUCGAAUCCAGGAGCGUGGAGACCAAGCUUUCACAGAAAAAGAAGCCUCUGAAAUAAUGAGAGACAUUGGAACAGCUAUCCAACAUCUUCAUGGAAUGAACAUAGCUCAUAGAGAUGUCAAGCCAGAAAACCUUCUUUAUACAUCCAAAGAGAAAGAAUCAGUGCUUAAGCUCACAGAUUUUGGGUUUGCUAAAGAGACAACCAUACAGAACGCACUGCAGACUCCUUGUUACACUCCUUACUAUGUAGCCCCAGAAGUACUUGGUCCAGAGAAAUAUGACAAAUCCUGUGAUAUGUGGUCUCUUGGUGUCAUCAUGUAUAUUCUUUUGUGUGGGUUCCCUCCAUUCUAUUCCAAUACUGGCCAAGCCAUUUCCCCAGGAAUGAAAAGAAGAAUUCGGAUGGGGCAGUAUGGAUUUCCAAAUCCUGAAUGGGCAGAGGUAUCUGAUGAAGCCAAGCAGCUCAUUCGUUUAUUGCUGAAAACUGACCCAACAGAGAGAAUGACCAUUUCUCAAUUUAUGAAUCAUCCCUGGAUUAAUCAAUCCAUGGUGGUGCCACCAACCCCUCUUCACACUACCCGAGUCCUGCAAGAAGACAAAGACCACUGGGAUGAAGUGAAGGAGGAAAUGACUAGCGCUUUGGCAACCAUGAGAGUAGACUAUGAUCAGAUAAAAAUUAAAGAUUUGAAAAUAUCCAACAAUCGACUCCUCAACAAACGGCGUAAGAAACAAAAACAAGGAGGCACCUCAACUGCAUCAGCUGGUUGCAACAACCAAUAAAGAUGAGAGAAAUAAAAUGAAAUUCUGAAUUGAACUGAAAUAAUCUCACACAUAACCGAAACACAAAAGUGUGUGAUAAGAACUUUUUAUUUCAACGCACUGGGGUUUUUUUUCUACGAAUUUUUUUUAAUCAUUCUAUUACAUUUUAGUAUACUUUACCUAAGGAGCUGCAACAAACCUUCUAUCAGUGAAGUUUGGAUAAAUAAAUAUUUCUUGUGGUAAUGCGGGUUUAGUGCUUACAAAAGCACAAGUCACAACAAGAAAUUCUAAAUCCCUUUUUUCAUAUAAAGCAAUUAGAGCAUCCAUCUGCUUAACUCUCAGAUGAAUUCAUAAGGACAUAAACGUGCUUAAUUUAGACUGGAUUAUGCUGAAUCCAUUGAAGAAGUAGAUUAAACCAUGCAUAAAGCAAAGAAGUAAAAAGAUCAGGUUAUUACAAGAAGCAAUCAGAAAGUUAUGAAAAAGUAAGUUUUUCAUAUAUUUGUUUGAUUUUUCAUUGUUCAUUUCAAUUGUAUUUAAUGUUCUUAUCGAGUUAAUGCUCUUAUUUUAUACACUGUCCAUCCGUAUAAGGAAGCAUUGCUUUUUAGUCUUUGGGAAAUAUUUACAAUGUCAGGCUUAAGGGAUUAUUACAAGCUUGUUUCCAUGCACACAUUUCUUACAUUCAGAUCAAUGUAGGUAAGAACAGUGUAAAUUAGUCAUACAGGGUGUGGGCACACAUUUUUUUUUUAAAUGCAGGAAACUUUUACUGGCUGCCUUGUAGGAUCCUUGUAGCAAAACAGACAAGAAUGCAGUUGCUACAUUUUACGAUUUAGAUGUUCCAUUUUCUUGUUUAUAUAUAGGCCAUAAUUUAUUAUCACAGAUUUUUUUCAACUGUUUACGUUUUAAAUUAAGUAUCAAAGAUUAAUAAACCAAAAUAUCAUUAUGUCAGCAUCCACAACUUUGCACAAAGAUUUUAGUUGAGAUUUCAGAAGGAAAUGAUUUCCAAGUGCAUUAUGAUUUUUUUACUAAAAGAACCAUGAUAGGCAGGCAGAACAGGUAAAGGGCACCCUUUUUACAUUCUUUUCCAGUGGUAGAAAGCUUCAAGUGGUCUGGGGUUGACAUGGUGGCAUCUUCAGAGAGGACAGAGGCAGAAUUAUUGCCCUCCCUCCCCUUCUUGUGAUGUUGUUUUUAAAGGCAUAUUAAACCAAUUAGGCCUACUUCACCUAUUUGAUUUAUAUUCCUUUUAUUUAGCUAUUGAUGAAUUUCCAUGAGAAAUCUUAGGAAACUACCAGAAAAUAAAUGGUUACAACUGCAGCUUCCUUGAGAUAGGGUAUUAGUUUGCCUAUUCUGCGAACUGGGUGAUAUAGCAUUUUUCAUGUACUGUCCACAUGUGAAAAGUUUAAAACAUAGGCACAUGCCCCGAGCGCUUCUAAAUUCAAAGAGAAAAUUUGCAAACUCGACACGUAUGAAUAUGUAUGUUACCACAGUUGUUUUUACAUAUCAUGUAUAUUAUUUCUUAAUACCCUGUAGAUUAGGGUAGAUGGGAUAACAAAAAAUGAAGUCACUCAAACAAUUUUUCUGGGUAUUUUUUUUUUUUUUUGAGAGUUUAGAUAUUUCAGUACGGCGAUAUAUGCACCAAGAAGAGAAGGUCUCAAACGGGUGGAUUGUCACAUAAUAUCUCAUAAUAACCUUGUCCUGUGAAACCUGCCUUACAUACCAAUUAUCUUUAUUCAAAUCAUUUCAUUGUCCAAACAUUUUCUUUGAAAAGGGAUACUCCUGACAAUUUUCCACACAUGCAAAUGUCCCUGGCCCUCUAGGAAGGAGGUGAGAACAGAGCCACCCCUCUCUUUGAGCUUUCAUUUGUGCGACUGUUUUUAAGAUGCUAACAAACGGCAGGCGCUUGUUUCUGUUACUUCUCAUUUCUAACACUCACUGCAGCAAAGAGAAGUCCUUUGAUGGCCUCCAUGUUUGUCAGAGGGCACAAGGGGGAGAUGAAGUCUUCUCCUAAUUGUACUUGUAAGAUGAUAAAUAAUUGCAGAUGAAUUGUUUUGUUCCUUACAUUCUCCAAACUAAGUCUACUGCACAAGCCAGGAAACCAGAGAUGGAAGAAGAAAAUCUGUGGCUGUUAAACCAAAAAACAUGGGUGACUUUGUGUUAUAUCCUUAUUCUAGAAUUAUAAGGAUUAAUCUGCAAUGAAGUAAAUUUCUAUUAAUUACAUAGGUACCUCUCUUUGAUUUGCAAGCAUAUUAAAUUGAUGUUGAAAGCACUUCAGACUGUUUGUGAAAUGCUAACAUUUUGCAGAUAUUAAUAAAAUGGUGCUUUACCCAUUUUUUUUCUUAAAUGGACCUCGCUCUUUUAAUAAAUCUUCCUUUGUGAUAUUUUA